GUGUUUGUGUGUGUGUGUGUUUGUGUGUGUGUGUGUGUGUGUGUGUGCGUGUGUGUGUGUGUGUGUGUGUGUGUCUGUGUGUGUGUGUGUGUGUAUGUACCUCUGGAGAUUUUCUGCACUCAAGACCCCUGUGAGGCAGGCACCUCCCUACCCCACCCUCUCUCCCUCUCACCCGUCCCGUCCUGCGCCACCUCUCCUCCCUGGCAGAACGAGAGAGAGCUGGAGAAUUGAGCCCUUUGAUAGGGUGAAAGGUUAAAGUUUGAUGGCGUUGUAAUAGUUACACAUUGAGAGCCUCUCAGCUGAGGUGCUGAGAGGUGGUUAAACAGCCAAACGACCAGGAGGUGCAGCGAGGACAGAGGCUACUGCAGACAGAGGCCAGACAUAUUAAGUAAGAUGGUGCGUAAGUCCAUAGUGGCGGGGCUAAUGGUGCUGCUGGUGGCGGCGGUGGGGACGUUUGUGGGGGUGUUCUUCGGGGUGGGGAAGCGGAAGAACCCAGACGAGAAACUCUACUUCAGAGCUGCAGUGGCCGCAGAUGCUGGACCCUGCUCUGAGAUAGGCAGGGACAUUCUAAAGAAGGGGGGUUCAGCUGUGGACUCAGCCAUCGCUGGGCUGCUGUGUGUGGGCCUCAUGAAUGCCCACAGCAUGGGCAUCGGUGGGGGCCUUUUCCUCACCAUCUACAGCGCCAGCACAGGAAAAGUGGAGACCAUCAACGCCCGGGAGACAGCCCCGGCGAAUGCAUCGCGGGACAUGUUUGGUAACAACACGGACCUCUCACGGACAGGUGGGUUGGCCAUCGCGGUGCCGGGCGAGAUCCGCGGGUACGAGCUGGCACACAAGCGCCACGGCAGGCUGGCGUGGAAGGAGCUGUUCCUGCCCAGCAUACGGUUGGCGCGGGAAGGCUUUUCUCUGGGCAAUGCCCUGGCAAAAGCCAUUUACAGCUACAGGAGAACCAUCACCAGAGAUAAGGCCUUAUGUGAAGUGUUCUGUGACUCUGAGGGGAACAUUCUGAAGGAGAACAGCACCAUCUACUUCCGCAAACUGGCUGACACCUACGAAGCCAUAGCCAAUCAGGGCCCAGAUGCUUUCUAUCAGGGGCCAAUAGCAGAGAACCUGGUGAAAGACAUCCAGGCUGCGGGUGGCAUCAUCACUUUGGAGGACCUCCAGGACUACCGCCCUCUUCUGGAGGAGCCCCUGUGCGUGGGGGUGGGGGGGUACAGGAUGUGCACCCCGCACGCUCCUGCCAGUGGUCCAGUGCUGACCCUCAUCCUCAACAUCCUAAAAGGUUACGACUUUGGCCCGGACAGCGUUUCCACGCUCGAGAAGAAGGUGCUCACCUAUCAUCGCAUCGUCGAGGCCUUCCGCUUCGCCUACGCCAAGAGGAGCGCUCUUGGAGACCCUCACUUUGUCAACAUUUCUUCUUUUGUCCAGAAUAUCACCUCGGAUGAACUGGCUGACAUCCUUCGCAGUAAGAUCACCGAUGACACCACACAUCCAGAGAAGUACUACGAGCCCGAGUACUUUGUCCCAGACAACCACGGCACCGCCCACCUGUCCGUCAUAGCGGCGGAUGGAAGCGCAGUGGCCGCCACUAGCACAAUCAACACCCAUUUUGGAUCUAAAGUCCUGUCUAACUCAACGGGGAUCCUUUUAAACAACGAGAUGGAUGACUUUAGCUCGCCUAACAUCACAAACAAUUUUGGGGUCCCCCCCUCCCCAAAUAAUUUUAUCAUACCAGGUAAAAGGCCGUUGUCUUCGAUGGUUCCAACAAUCUUUCUGGACCAGAACAACAAAGUGAAAAUGGUCCUUGGAGGCUCUGGUGGUACGAAGAUCACCACGGCAACUGCUUCUGUUAUCCUCCAUGCUCUUUUCUUCAACUACGAUCUGAAGAAAGCCGUGGAGGAGCCUCGCAUUCACAACCAGCUCAGCCCCAACACCACGUACGGAGAGGCCGACUUUGACCUGAACAUUCUGGAAGGGUUGAAGCAAAAGAACCAUGUGACAGGCCUGCUGACGUCGGUGGGAGCCGUGGUGCAGGCGGUGAUGAGAGAAGGCGAUGGCAUCGUUGCGAAGUCCGACCCCAGGAAAGGAGGAUACGCAGCAGGAUACUGAUACAAACAAACACACACUUACAAACACACACAUACAUACACACACAUACACACACAUACAAA